UACUAUAGUAACAAUAUUAAAAUAACAAUCGCAUUUUAAAAUGGUUUGAAUCGAUAAGUUCAAAAUAAUAAAAAUAGAUUAUAGAUAUGCAAGUCACGCAGUUGGGCUCAUUAAAAUUAUAUUUGAUAAUUAAUUAAUUGAUUUAGAUCUACAAGGUUUUACCUUUACUCGCCAUUUCCCGUGUGCCGUAAGAAUCACAGCUGAAUCAGUGUCGUGAGUGUAGAUCUAGUAAAUCUAGAUCUAGAGUCUAGUAUUAAUUUACUGGAUGCGGACACAGAGUAUCAAAGUAUCAAUAAUCAAUUUUAAUUUAUUGUUUAUAGUCACAUCGUGAGAAGAAUUCUGAAUUAGAUAAGAUUUGGGUUAAGAAGACUUAAGCUGGAAGCCAUCAGCAAGUAAAAUCAAACUGUUCUUUUAACUUCUAUUUCUAUCCCACAAACUGAGUGACUGAAGUCAAAGCUAUGAACUAUGAUUAUGAACUUGUGCUUUUCCAAUAAUUAAAUAAAUAUUAUUAAUAGAGUCUAGAUCUAAUUAUUUUCAACUUGAAGAAGGUAAUUAUUCAACAUGGCACGUAUUAAAUUCGCAUCAGACUUUGACAAAUCUGUACUUCUAAAUAAUUUUGAAAAUCGCGGUUGGAUCCAAGUGGGCCCUGAAGAUGACUGGAACUUUUAUUGGGCUGGAGUACAUAAUAUUAGAAAUGUUUUCAGUGUUGAAUCAGGCUUCAGACUUCAAGAUGAUCAGGUUAUCAACCACUUUCCAAAUCAUGUAGAGCUUACACGAAAAGAUUUAAUGGUGAAGAACAUUAAACGCUAUCGCAAAGAUUUGGAGAAGGAAGCAAGUCCUGUAUCUGAGAAAGAUGAGACUGGACGCUUUGUACACUUAGACUUUAUUCCGCAAACAUUCAUGUUACCAGCAGAUUAUAAUCUUUUUGUUGAAGAGUUUAGAAAAAAUCCAAAUACUACUUGGAUAAUGAAACCAUGUGGCAAAGCUCGUGGCAUUGGUAUCUUUUUAGUUAAUAAAUUGUCACAGUUAAAAAAAUGGUCGCGAGAUGGAAAAGGGAAUUCCUUUACACCUCCAACAGCAAAAGAGACUUAUGUGAUAUCAAAGUACAUUGACAACCCACUUCUUAUUGGUGGUAAAAAAUUUGAUUUGAGGCUGUAUGUUUUGGUGACAUCAUUCAGACCUCUCAAGUGUUACAUGUAUCGAUUGGGUUUCUGCCGUUUCUGUACAGUGAAAUAUAAUGCAAGCUUGAAUGAACUGGAUAAUAUGUUUGUUCAUCUAACAAAUGUGUCUAUACAAAAACAAGGGGAUGAAUAUAAUGCUAUUCAUGGAGGGAAAUGGACUACACAAAACCUGAGACUUUUUCUAGAAAGUACAAGAGGAAAAGAAGUCUCGGACAAACUUUUUGAUGAAAUUAACUGGCUAACAGUCCAUUCCCUAAAAGCUGUUGCUGGUGUUGUAUCAAAUGACAGGCACUGCUUUGAAUGUUAUGGAUAUGACAUUAUAAUUGAUGACAAUUUAAAACCUUGGCUCAUAGAGGUAAAUGCCUCUCCCUCCUUAUCUGCCACAACAUCUAGUGAUCGGAUCAUGAAAUACAGAUUGAUAUCAGAUGUGAUUAACAUUGUGAUACCCCCUGGUGAAAUGCCAGAUGUCAGGUGGAGCAAAGUACCAGAUCAGGAAAACCUUGGCCAUUUUGAUGUUUUGUAUGAUGAAGAGCUGGCUGCCAUGGACCAACAUACUCAAGAACUACGAACAAAGGCAGGGGUUCCAAGUCUUAAUGUAAGAGGCUUUGCCAAAGAUAAUCGUAGAGGAUCACAAGCCACAUGGAAGUGAAACUGUCUUGUUGUCUUGUUUAAAUAAAAAUACUAUGACAAUAAGAUUUUGUAUGAUAAAUUACCACCGAACAUUAA